AUGAAAGACAAGCAUUUUGGAGUAUUAUUUAUUUAUUAUUUAACAUUACUCAUAAUAUGCCACCUAAUCUUGCAAGGAGGUUGUUCUGAAGGCAAUGAUGGAAUCAUGCAGUUAUGUCCUUCAGGUGGUGAAUCUUUUAACACUGCUUGGCAGUUAGCUUGUGGAAUCAAGAAAAAACGAUCUUUGCCCAUAAGAGUUGGAAAACAAAGGUUGAAACGUGAACUUCUUUACCGUCCACUUACAAUGACUGAAAUGAUGGAUUAUUGCUGCAAAUUUGGUUGCACAAUUCGUGAUUUAUUACCGUAUUGUGAUCCAUUUGGUGGUUGGAAUGCUUGA